AUGGCGCAGAAUUCACAAAGCAACAAGCCCAAGUGGAAGGUCGGGUCUUUUUUACAACAGGCUGUCGCGGGCGUGGAGUCCAGACUCGACCAAAUAUUAGCGGAGGAGGAGGAUCAAAAACAAGUACAAGCGAAGAAUGCUGCUACAAAACCCAAGCCGACGGAGCAAACCGGAAACCUUUCCCGCAGCUCCUCCAAUGCUCGGAAGAAUGACCGGCUUCAGGAGCGCCUCGCCCGAGCAAUGGUGAAGAAUUCGCCGGGUCCUCUCGCCACACAAGGCUCCAGUCGGACCUCAUCACCCGUUACUAGUCCGGUUCCCAGCAACGGCACCCGAUCUAGCAUGGACAUCGAUUCCAGCCUCAGAUCAUCAUCUGUGAAUCCAGGGAGGCACUCGCGAAGCUCGAGUCAGGUCGAGGAUGCCUCGGUUGCAGCCGAGUCGCGUAACAGCUACGAUUCAGGCCCCCCGCGAGAGUCAAACGACACUAGUAGGCUAUCAACCGAAAGCGCAUUGCCUCCGCAUGCGCUUGCAGAGAAUGAUGAUAAUGUCGCUCAGAGCCCUACCCUUGAGGAGGCACAAUCGUCUGCAGAUGGAUCGAAACUCUCUGCGCCUACAGUAUCGGUUUCGUCGAUGGAGCCUGCUGAGGAGACUAGCAAUGGUUUAUCGAAUGGUCAGGAAAGGCCUGUCCACAAAUUGCAACCCGAGGCCGAAACCGCUGAAUCUCAACGGCAAGAAGAGAUAUACGGUUACAUCGAGCGGAUCGAUGCACUGCAGUCGAAGCUCAAAUACCUUGCGAAAGAGGCUGCCGAAUCCGCCAAGCAGGCUGCGACUGCAGCGGAGCCUGGCAGCGUAGAAAGACAGCUAAGGGAAAAGGACGAAAAGAUAGCCCUUCUUCUCGAAGAAGGUCAAAAGCUGUCCAGGACGGAAAUGGACCAUCGAACGGCUAUCAAGAAGCUGAGGCAGCAGUUGAUGGAUAAUGCGAAAGCCCAAACUGAAGUCAAGAAAAAGACCGAGAAACUUGAACGCGAUCUUGCUAGCGCAGAAACUCGAGCCAAACGAGCAGAAGCCGCCGAGAAGAGAGCCAAUGAUUCUCUCUCGAUACAGACCAAGACGUCACAAGAUCUCGAAGCGGUGAUUGCAGAACGCAAUGCUUUAAGUCAGACCGUGCAGGAAAUGAAGGGACAGCUUGCACGAGCCGUCGCUCGAGCGGAGGCGGUUGAAGCUAAGGCACAAUCCGAGGCACUCGAACAGGAAAAGCGCCGCGCCUCUCAGUUGGAGGAGGACCUCUCUAGCGUCAAAAUAGAAAGAGAUAUCAGCGAAGGGAAGAUGAGGCGCGAAAUCAGUGGUCUGCAGGCCACCAUUGAGCAGGAGAGAGAGCGCGCUCGCAUGCUUGAAGUAGAACUCAAGGGUGAGCAAUCGAUGCUCGAAAAAGCUUCGACUGGAGUGGCUGGCGACACUCAGACUCAGUACGCCGGUUCGUUGCUUGCUCGGUUGGCGAAUGUUGAAAAGGAGCGGGAUGAAGCCGCACGGCGCGAGAGCGAGAUGCGACGGAAGAUCCGUGAGAUGAAUCUGAAAGUCAAACGUAUCGAAGAAGAGCUCGAGACCGCGAAAGAGACUGGGCACGAUCUCGAGAGUAAACUCGAGGAGGCAACUGAAGAGAUCAAAAAGCUGGAACAGAAACUCAGAAAAGCCACGGAGGAUCUGGACUUGGCUCGGAAAGAUUUUGCAGAGCAGCAGAAAGUGAUCGAUGCCACAUGGACACAGAAGCUCGAGGACGAGCGCCUAAAAUUGCGUGAGCAAAUGUCUCCACCGCCGGUCUUCUUGCAACAGCCUCGAACACAGUCUCCAGUGGCCUACAGUCGUCGGCCGAGUGCUCUAGAGCCCAUCGGAACGUUGUCCGAUUAUCGACCAAGCAGUCGACGUCCCUCGGCGUUACCAACAUCGCCUGACAUGGGCAAUCUCUCACGCCAGAACUCAUUUCCUUUGUCCACUCAGUCCAUUCUCUCGCCCUCGACUGCAACCAGCUCGAUACAUCUACCAAUCCCAGAGACGCCCUCAAUAAACUUCGAGCACGAUGAACUCUUCAGUCGCUCUGCCACCCCCUCCGCCUAUGGUGGAGCACCCACGCAGCACUCGCGCGGCAUUAACGAUAUCAUCUCGGAGUCCACAGUUGGCGCAGGGCCCUCAGUACAGUUGGUUGAACGUAUGAGUGCCACCGUCCGCCGGCUCGAGAGCGAACGCGCCGCAUCGAAGGACGAGCUUUCUCGGAUCACCGCGCAGCGCGACGAAGCCCGACAACAGGUCGUGGAUCUAAUGCGGGAAGUUGAGACGAAGCGAACUUCUGAUACACGUGUGCACGAGCUUGAACAGCGGCUUGAUGAGCUCGACCAACGGUACCAGACAACCCUCGAAAUGCUGGGAGAAAAGAGCGAGCAGGUGGAGGAAUUGGAGGCAGAUAUUGCCGACCUCAAGAAGAUUUACCGCGAGUUGGUCGACAGUACGAUGAAAUGA